AUGGACAUUCCUAAGUAUCUUAACAAUUAUCUGGUCUUAAGAAGCUCGUUAAGAGAAAAAUUCCUCCGUGAUCAAACUUUGAUAGAUAUACCUAGAGUAAACACCUCACUAGGGCAAACUAUGUUUAAAGUCGCUGCAGCACAUGAUUGGAACUUGCUACCUAAAUGUAUCAGAGAUAUUAAAGUUCUCGGCAGCUUUAAAAACAAUGCUUUUAAACAUUUUUUAGAAUUAGACAAAUCUACACAUAGGUGUAGUUUGUAAUUUUUACUGAUUAUUGUAAUAUUGUAUAUAAACGUAUAUAUAUGUAAGUAUUCCAUAACUGUAAAUACUGUUCACCCGGGUAAGACCAGCUUUAAUUAGCUGAAUGGGUCUCACAGUUUACAUAAAGAUUAUUAUUAUUAUGUUAACUAUUGAGUAACAUACACAAACUAUUUGAGGAACAUGCAUUACUGUAUCAAUGAAUCAAUCAUAUGUCGAAGACCACUGAAUAGUAGGGAAUGUUUUGAAGGUCAUGCUCUCUCCUCCGCAGAGGCUUGUAAAGAAUAUGAAAUUCGAAGGAAUUGAAAAAAUAUGAAAUUCGAAGGAAUUGAAAUUGCGCUGGAAGGUAUCUGAGUCCCCCCUAUGCAUCCGACCGAAAUUUUUUAAAUCAUGUUUUUAUCGAUCGAAAGUAAUUGUUUUGAUGAUAGGAAAGGUUAUCGACAAUUUUCAGAAAGUUUGGACUAGUUUAAGGUAGUUUUUCAAUGUUUUUGACUUUUUGAGAAAUUUUCCCCUUUCCCUCGCCCGCACACCGAUUUUCAGUGGUUGUCUUCAUAUCAGAUACCUUCUGGCGCAAUUUCAAUUCCUUCGAAUUUCAUAUUUUUUCAAUUCCUUCGAAUUUCAUAUUCUUUAAAAGCCUCUGCGGAGGAGAGAGAAGGUCAUGAGUGAAGUAUAUAAUUCAAUUCCAAUUCUGUGCACAGUUAUUAAUGAUUAGAUAUACCACACUGUUUGGUUUAACACAGCAUAUCCACACAAAAACAAUUUAGUUUUGCACAUUGUGCGUAAUUGAUCUGAUCUAUCGAUAUGAUAUAUGAUUAUUGUAGCUGUUAAAUUAAGUUAUUUUCCGUACUAAUUAAUUUAGGUAAGAUUGACUUGCAAGUGGCCAUUGUUCUGACAAAAUUAUCCAGCCAAUAUCCAGUACAUUUAUUCAUCAUUCUUGUAUCAAUCUCUACACAAAAAACAUUUAUGUUAGAAAGUAAAAUGACAAUGUAAUGAGGAGGGAGGGUGGGGAUUAUUUAUUAGCAUUUCAAAAUGUUUGUAAAAUUUUUGUUUAAUUUAUAGUAUUUAUAUACUCUAAUGUGUAAAACCAAAAUGUAUAAGUAUUUUAGCUUAUAACAUCUUAACUUUUGCUCUAACACUACAUUUCAUGACACCUUAGUUGGACUGUUGUUUUGAACAGAGUUACAGAAAUACAGGACCAGGAUUUAAUUCAAAAUCUCCUUAGAACAUUAGUUUCCUUUCAUAUUGUUCAUUGGCAAUAUUGCCUGACUGGCCUGCUAUGUUUUGACUGUUUAAAAUAUUACACAACGAUUGUUUUACUGUAUAUUAAAAUGUAUAUAAUAAAAUAUGUGGUAUUUGACAUUUUGACUACUUACCAGAUCAGCAUAAGUUUCCAUGUUAAUAGUAGAAUGGUGAGAGAAAAAACAGCAAUUCGAAUUCAAGAUAUUUUUGAAAUCCAAAAUGGCGAGAAUACCUGAAUAACACGAGGCCAAACCAUGCCCGUUCGCAGGUUAGAUGGUGGACACGAUGUAACAUGAUUGCUGAUUGGCUUAAAUUGGCUUAAAUUAUAUAAGCUCAUCACUGAAUGGCUAUCUGUUAACAUACGGUACGGUAACGGUACGGUCACAUUUGCGAUAGCAAUAUAUCUGCUUUGCAGAUACAAAAACUCAUACAGUAUAUUUAAAAAGAACUUACUUACUCUUUGAACCUUUGUAAAUAUGUAUAUAGCAUCAUGUAUCCUAUAUAAUGUAUAUAGCAUCAUGUAUCCUCAUAAUGUUUUUGGUUUAUCAUAUAUAUUCAUCCAUCCUUGUGAUGUUGGUUUUCCAUCAUGUAUCCUAUAAUAUGUAUAUAUCAUCAUGUAUCCUCAUAAUUUUUUUGGUUUAUCAUAUAUAUUCAUCCAUCCUUGUGAUGUUGGUUUCCUGAAUAAAUAUUAUUAUUCAUUCAUGUGUUAUUUGACAUGAUGAAUUGCAAUAAUAGCCAUGUGUUAUAUUUAACCACUAUCAGGGGCGAUCUAGGGGUUGUCAAAUAAGUCAUGCGACUAAUGUAAAAAUUGUGCAGAUAAUUAAUAUUCAUAAAAUUGUCCAUUACUCCAGUUUUAAUCCUUCCUGCAGUGACAGCAAAUGUAAUUAAUAUUCACAAUAGUCCAGUUAUUGAAUUUCAUUCAGUGGCUGUUAACUCAGUGGCCUUGAUUCACUUGAGGCAGAUUCUAGCUCAUCUUUGUGGGGGUCUGCUUUAUUUACGUCAUCUAUGAGGUAUCUGAUUGGCUGAUUGAAGGGGAAUUCUCUUCUCUUAUUGGUUCAACUUUUUUGCCUCAUCUUCAUGGGGGUCUGCCUUAUUUGUGCAAUAUUUGAACUUGUGAUUGGUCGAAAAAGAGGAAAUUACCUUGUGUGCAUGGGGUAUGCAGCAGUCAGCAACUUAAUAAAGUCUUUCUGUUUGCCUCUUGCUUGAAACAAAUUGUUUAAUUCAAAUUGCGAAGUGCUAUUCAGUUUACAUUGCUCAAUACUCAUUAUGACAAUGUAUAGUUACAAGACUGUCCUGUCUGCGUUUGUAGACAACGAUCUUGAGUCUAUAAGGAAGGUGAACGAAUAUAUGUUGAAGCAAAUCGGUGCUUCAAAUACAAAAUCUAUGGAAGAGCUCUUAGACGCUAUUUAUGACACCAAAUCCAGUCUGGCUAGAAAUUUUGGUGCAGAGAUUUUUAUACCAGCAUUUGCUCGUCAACAACAGAAUAAGUGUACAGCAAUAAGUUAAGGAGAUUAUAUGUAUAUAUUGGUUCUUCAUAAGUGUGUUUAUCACGCCAGUAAAAGCCGCUUGGGGGACUUGGCUGCUUGUAUAAAUUUGUAAUUUUUUGUGCGAUUGGUUAAGAUGGUUCAAAGGUGAUUUAUAUCAUUAUAUUGCCCCAAAAAAGGCAUAAGCCAUUGGUCGCUUUUAUAUUCCUAAUGAUUGUUCAUAUUAGUAUUGUUUGUAUUGGGUAAAGUUUUAUUAAUGUAUAUUUUCUUCACCUGAACCGAUAAUAUUCUUAAUAAGAGAAUUACAGCACAUGCCACAUGGUCUGGUGUUUAUGAUGUUUUGUAAUAUGAUAUCUUGAAUUCAUAUAAACAUAUUUUUACCUUCCUGUCAGCAAAACAUGACUUAUAUCUGCUAGAAUUGUAUGUGAACAAUUUAUAUUUAUAGUAAUAUACUUUAAUAUUUAACUUAUUCAUUUAUACAUUAUUUUUUGUUUCUUCAAUUCACUUAGGUCAGAAGCUUCUGCCAAUUGUUUGUAUAGUUCUGUCUCUGGUACUGGUAGGUGAUAACAGUUUAGUGCAAACUUUGAGGAUAUUAACCUCAGACCCUGUUCACACGUUACCGGCAGAUUUUGAAAACUGAACGAAAUUCUUAUGUUUAGGGGUUGCGUUCACAUGAUGCCGGUAUGAAAAAAUGUGAAACCGUAACGCUAACCGUAAGAGUUUGAAAAGGGAACGAAAUUCUACCGUCACAGUGCUGUGUGAAUGCCUAACCGGUUAUGCAAAAUGAAAUUAACAAAACUGCAAAACUUGUUGUUGGAUAUUUUAUUCUGUCUAUUUCAACUGAUUUCCGCAGCAUAUUGUCGAAGCAGAGUAUAAUCUGCCAGUAUCGUGUGAACAGUUGAAACUGUGAUGAUUUUCUGGCCGGCAGAAUUCCAUGCCGGUAUCAUGUGAACGGGGUCUAAGUUGAGCUUUUUCUGAAUGCAAAUUUUUAUUCUGAACACCCUUGCUUUUUGUCUGCUGUGAACGAACAUAGUGAAUACUUUAGGAAUUCUAUAAACAAUAUUUUACCCUUGUCUGUGUCUAUCGAGUGUUUAGAUACAGAUUCAACCAAGGAUCAUUGGUAAAGAAGGUAGCUACUUUAAAUUGUGGUGAUAAGAAAUGGUCAUAAUUUUUAUGUAUUCUAGGUCUUUCGUCUGUUUUACAUAGAAAUAUACAUACUUAUUACCCUGAUGCUGGUGCGGAUAGAUAUAAAUUGUUUUUUAAUAGGCUAGUUCAGCCACACCAGAAUCCUCAGAAAGGUCUAGAUGAUAUUCAUAUUUUAUUUUGCAAUGAAGAUAUUAUUAAACCUGGAGAAGCCUUCCAGCCUAAUCAUUUUGUACCUCUUCUUUUUCAUUCACACAAGCAUAAACAUAAAUCUUCUGCUGAUUCACAAGUUUCAACAGUAACAAAGAAGCAGAAAAUGGCCCCUAUUUUUCCCAAACAACCAAUAACCAAGAAGCAAAAACUGACCCCUAUUUUGCCAAAGAAAGCAUCAAAUAAAGCGGAUGCUAAUAUGUUAAAUUUUUUCACCAUAGCAGACAAGCCCACUGUUGUUGUCAAUCCUGCAUGCCAGAAGGCCCCUAAUGCGACUUCCACACAACUUGAUGCUCAUAAAUUAGAUGAGAUUGCAACACCUAGCUCCACUUCUCAACAUUCGUCAACUAAAACACAACAAAGCACUACUUCUGUUCCAGCACCAAAUAUGGUACAGAAUUUUCCACGGGUAAAACAUGAUUUUACUCCUAAUUUUGAUGUUGCAUUGUAUAGGGAGAAGGUUAAAGGUAUGGAUACCUCUGAAAUUUGUAAUUUAAUCAAACAUGUCUUUAAGCCAGACAAACAAUACUCUUUUCCUAAGACCAGUGGCAGAAGUUUUAGAUAAAAUUGGUUCAGCUUAUAUUCCUAGCUUUGUUAUUCACCUUCCAAAGAUGGUGGGUACUGUUUAUCAUGUGUGCUAUUUGGAGAUCGUUUUCCUGGUAAGUCUGGUAAGGCCGGGAAAAUCCAGAAAUUAUUUUCUGAACACUUGACCUAUUGGAACAAUGCUACCUUUACUUUCAAACGCCAUGCUGGACAUGGGGGGGAAAUGGGAUUGUAUGCUUUUACAUUUCCAAUUUUAACAUCUUUGCUUGCCCAAAUGUCAGGGACUGCACAACCCAUUGAAGUAAUUGUAGAUACUAACCGUGAUGGUGCUAAAUAUCACCAGGAAGUGGGCAGCUAUUCCACUGGGGGUGUUGGUAAUUUUGUUGAAUCACUUAAUUUUAGAGUUCGAGCAGGGGAUAAAAUUUUAGAAGACCAUUUGAAAACUUGUGGUAAGAACAGAAGUUACAUUUCAAAGACAAGUCAGAAUAAGAUAAUUAAUUGUUGUGGUGAGGUGAUCAGUGAAAAGAUCAUAAACGAUAUAAAGGAAAGUAAGUUUAUUAUUAUUGCUGGUGAGGCUGCAGAUUCUUCCCAUAGAAAGCAAAUGUCCCUUGUUUUAUGUUUUGUUGAUACUGAUAUGAAUAUCAGAGAAGAAUUUAUUGCGUUUUUACACUGCAAAUGGGCAUUAAGUGGUGCCGCACUUGCUAAACUUGUAUUAGAAGCUUUAAAUGAUUUAACUUUAUCUAUUGAAGAUUGUAGGGAAAAAGGAUAA